CCCAAUUUUCAUGGAAAACCUGGAAAACGCCACCAUCAAGAUGUCAACUUUCCUAAAUCACAUACCCGACAAACUUCAACUUAGCAAUUUCACAACGACUACGCAGAAGUCAAUACAUCCAGCCGGCUACUUUGUCAUCCCUGCUGAAGACAUGGUCAACUUCCGGAUUGCAAUGUACACGACCAUCAUGCCUGUAACAGCUCUCAUUGGAAUUGUGGGAAACGUCAUCAGUUUUGUGGUCUUAUUACGUCACAAGAUGCGGGACACAACCAAGAUGGUUCUCAUCUCCAUAACUGUCUGUGACUUUCUACACCUUAUUGCGAUGAUACUCUUCUGUCUGAUCGGAGUCACCAUCGCUUUAGACUAUAAACCCGGACUUUAUAUCUCCCGAAAAGCAUUUCCAUAUUUCGGUUCCUACUUAAGAUCGGCAUUUGGUCGAAUAUCCAAUCUUUUAAUCGUUGUAAUAUCACUAGAGAGGUUAUGUGCUGUCCUUUUCCCUUUGAAAAUCAAAUCACUUUGGUCAAGGAAGACAAUGGGACUUUCAAUAUUCAUCUGCAGUCUUCUGGUUGCAGCCAUAUUGGUUCCCUAUGCCCUGGAGUUCGUGCCUACUGAUUUCCCUAUACCCAAUUCGACACAAAUGACCACAGUUCUCAAAAUGUCGGAGUUCGGAAAGAACCGUGACUUUUAUGCAACUCUGUAUAUCGUCAGAUUGUUCCUCCUUCGCUUCAUCCCCAUCGCUGUUGUCAUCAUCUGCAACAUCACCAUCAGUGUCAGCCUGUACCGCUCCAAGUCUGCGCGCUCCCAGAUGACGGGUCAGAAUCGUGACGAGACGCCUGCAGAACAGCGCAUCACUCAGACAUUGUUUGGUCUGGCUCUUCUGUUUUUCUUCUGCAUGACACCUGGUGCCCUCAAUAUCCUAAGCCAGCUAUUUGACUACGAAUACAACUUCCCCAAAACUCGGAACAACGUCUACAACCUGGUCGGGAUACUUGCAGCUUGGCUUGAAAUUGUCAACUCCUCCGCUAAUUUUAUCAUCUACAUUAUAUCUAGCAGACAAAUGCGCAUGGAGUUCAAACGUAUCAUCAUGUACCGCAAGGGGACAUUUUCAGACCAGAAGUACAUCACAGACACGUCCGCAAGUGAAAUGAGACUAUCCACGAUGUCGGUCUCAGCAGUAUCAUAGGGAAUGUGGCUAAAUGGGAUUUAGGCGAGUAAAUCAAUUUAUUUAGCAUAUGUGUUCACUAAUAAACAGUUUGAUAGAA